AUGACCUCCCCGGACAAUAUUUCCUCCGAUUUUAUUCGCAACAUUGUUGACGAAGACCUUGAGUCCCAAAAAUACGACGGUCGGGUUGUAACUCGGUUUCCUCCCGAACCCAAUGGCUACCUUCACAUAGGUCACGCAAAGUCCAUCUGCCUGAACUUCGGCGUGGCCUCAGAGUAUUCCGGAGGAGUGUGCCACCUUCGUUUCGACGAUACCAACCCGCUCAGGGAAGACAUCGAGUACAUCAAUUCGAUUCAAGAGGAUGUACGGUGGCUGGGGUUUGACUGGGGCUCUAACCUUUUCUAUGCUUCCGAUUAUUUUGAAGCAUUGUACGGGUAUGCUGAACAGUUGAUCCUCGAUGGAAAAGCUUAUGUGGACAGCCUUACCGCGGAUGAAAUCAGGGAAUACCGGGGAACGCUAACUGAGUCGGGAAAAGAGAGUCCCUAUCGGAACCGGUCCGUGGAGGAAAGCCUUGAUCUCUUCCGUCGUAUGCGUGACGGCGAGUUUGAGGAUGGGGCCCAUGUACUGCGCGCGAAGAUAGAUAUGACUUCGCCUAAUCUCAACAUGCGGGAUCCGACUCUUUACCGCAUCCGCCGGGCCACCCAUCACCGUACCGGGGACAAGUGGUGUAUUUACCCCAUGUACGACUACGCCCAUGCCCUCUCCGACUCAAUAGAAAAAAUUACUCAUUCCCUUUGCACACUGGAAUUUGAAGACCAUCGCCCUCUUUAUGACUGGACGCUGGAAGAGCUUGAUGUUUACCGCUCCCAACAAGUAGAGUUUGCCCGCCUCAACAUUACGAAUACAAUUAUGAGCAAACGGCGCCUUCUUCAGUUGGUAGAGGGCGGCUAUGUAUCCGGCUGGGACGACCCCAGAAUGCCUACCAUAAGCGGCUUGCGGCGACGAGGCUACACUCCCGAGGCUAUUCGGACCUUCUGCGAUCACAUCGGCAUUUCCAAGCGGGAUACGGUGGUCAAUAUGGCCCUGCUGGAGCAUUGCAUACGCGAGGACCUGAACCGCCACGCUCCUCGUGUGAUGGCCGUACUGAAUCCAUUGAAAGUCAUCAUUGAGAACUAUCCUGAAGGGCAAGUCCAGGAAUUCGAGGCCGUCAACAACCCUGAAGACCCCGGUAUGGGUACGCGAAAUGUCCCAUUCUCAAGGGAAAUCUACAUAGAGCGGGACGACUUUCGCGAAGAUCCACCUUCCCGUUUUUUCAGACUGGCUCCUGGGAGGGAAGUCAGGCUCCGGUAUGCCUGUUACAUUACCUGCCAGGAAGUGGUCAAAGACCCGGACACUGGCGAAAUUACCGAGUUGCGCUGCACCUACGACCCUGAGUCGGUCGGGGGCUCAACCCCCGACGGUCGGCGGGUGAGGGGGACACUGCAUUGGGUGUCAGCCCCACACUCUUUACAGGCUCAAGUGCGGCUAUACGAUUACCUGCUGGUGGACCCGGAAAGUCGGGAGCGAAGAGGACAGCAGAGAUUUUAUCUCUCUUCUGAACCCGGAUUCCCUACAAGUUAUUGCCGAUUGUCGGGUGGAGCCCAGCCUUGCCCAAGCCACGCCAGGCAGCAGAUUCCAAUUCGAGCGACAGGGGUACUUUUGCGUGGACUCCAGGGAUUCAAGCCCAGAUAUCCCAGUAUUCAACCGUACUGUCUCCCUGCGAGACUCAUGGGCCAGGAUUGA